AUGACCUUUAGUAAUAUAGAGUAAGGACUUUAAUAUUAAAUUGUUUUAAGAGUUUGGAGCAAGACUGCAAAAGAAUAUUAGGAUGGAGCUCAUUAACAUUAUAUUUCAGAGUGGAACUCUAAGUUAUUGGAUGAGUAGGCCGUGAAAUGA